UAUGAAUAUUCUUCAUUCUUUCUCAAUUCUACUCAAUUUCAAAGGAUGGCGUAAAGUUUUACGUAGCUACAAAUACGAUACAGAAAUAGUAGGAGAUCGGAGGUCGGAUGAUAUCUACCACGUUCUAAUAGAAUGUAAGACAAAUGUUCGGGGUUGUAUAUUUAUUGAUAAUAUCCAAUGGGUUAAGGAAAGACAGAAACGAUUUAGGACACCGUAUAAUCCUGGAAUAAGAGGUUAUUAUUCGGAUGAGGAUAGGGCAAAAGAACAAUUUGCUUCCUGGUCUAUACCAUUAGAAGAAGCUUGUAAAAACGAUUUAGAUAGUUUGUUUAUUAUUAAAGGGAAACUAUUACCCAUUUUAAGCGGUAAAAUGGCCCCAUCUAAGCAAUUAGUUGAUGAACAAAUUGCUAAUUUUGCUAAAUACAAGAUAAAAGAGACGGCAGAUGGACUUUGCGGCAAGAGAAUAACGGGCGAUAACUUGAAUGAAAUUCAAAAAAUCUUGUCAAUAUUCUCAAAAUAUAUCUAUCACACGAAUGAUAAAAAUAUCUUAAAUAGAUUUGUUGUAUUAGCAAAGCAUAUUCUAGAUCAAGGCGUUGCUUAUGGGAGUCAUAAUAGGUUUAGUAGUGAUAUUAAAUUUGCAUACUCUUUCAGAGACUUCGCCCCAGCUAUUUGCUUAAUUGCCGAUAAACUUACAGAAGAGUUAAGAACUAAACUAUCCGAUAUGCUGUAUUGGAUUCACGAACAUAUAGGAAUAAGAGAUCCGCAUAGUUAUUCUAAUAUAAGUACAGAUAAAAUCUACGUUGGUUGCGUGCAAUUAAUAACGAAAAAUGUUUUCCUAUAUGAAACGAAUGAAGAAAGAAUUCGGGCAAUGAAAUUAACAAAGGUUUAUUUUGAAAAGUUUCUCAUUAAGUCUAAAGGAAGAUGCGAUGGUUUUAAAGUUGACAAUACGUGCUUUCACCAUUCUACUUUCUAUCCUCAUUAUUUAUAUGCCUUAAAGGAAUUAAUUAAUGCUCUUGAUACACUAAAAUCAACAAACUUCCAAAUAAAACCCACAGGCUAUGAACAAUUAAAGAAAACUGUAUAUUUAAUACUAGUGUUAUGCGUUAAUGAGAAAUUCUCGAAUGGUCUUUGCGGACGUUAUCCUUUCAAUGCCUAUCAAAUAUUACCAGGAUGGUCUAUAAAGCGUUUGGUCUAUUUAAGAGGAGACAUCUAUGGAGAUAAUCAAUUUGAUAGAGAAUUAGCGAUGGCCUAUAAUAAUCUUACCUUGACAAAUAAUAGCUUUCCAUUUCUCAAGUAUAGACCAGAAGAAGGAUUUUGGCAAGUAAAUUACGGACCUUUGGCUAUCUAUAGGAAAGACGAUUGGGCGAUUACAAUUAAAGGCCUAACCUCAAAACUAUGGGGUGCGGAAAUCUAUCCCAACGAGAACAGAUUUGGUAAAUAUCAAAGUUACGGUUCUAUAGAUCUACGAUAUAUAAAUAGAGAGAAUGGACAUUCUAUAGAAGGUUUCAAUUGGAAUUUUGUACCAGGAACAACAACAAAAGUGUUACCAUUUCAUCAAUUAAAUCCAAAUAGUCAGAGAUACGAUGAAUAUCUAUAUAAAGAUUACGACUUUGUUGGCUCGUUAAGAUUUAAAUCAAUAGGAAAUAGUAUUCUGGGUAGGGUAGAUCAACACGGAGAAGUUGGUAUGUUCGCAAUGGAUUUUCGUCAAAAUGAAGGGGAAAAUUAUGAGAAAAAUGACUAUUUUACAUUUAGAAAGAGCGUAAUUGCAAUUGACGGAAAGAUUUUCGUAGUUGUAACAAAUUUAUAUUUUAAGCACAAUCAUCAAUUGGUAACGACAAUUUUUCAAUUGGAUUUAAAUGGCGAAAAUGUGAUAGUAAAUGAUGAAAAAUUAAAGAAAGAAUGGAAUGGAGAAGGAUAUUGGAUUUUAGAUAAUUUCUCAACUGGAUAUAUUCUUUCCGAAGGUAAUCAUUUAUGCGUAAAACAUUCAGAACAAAUUUCACCGCAUCAUUCCGGUAAUGAAGAAGAAGAAGAAGAAGAAGAAGAAGAAGAAGAAAAUGAUGAAGAUUCUUAA